AUGGAACCUGACAACAUUUAUAAUAUUUGCAACAUUUUCCCGAAUGUUCUUCGAAUAUCUCUUGCUACGAUCUCACACGUGAUCAGAAUCUUUAAACGUGUCAAGAAGCAGCCCAAGACCCCCUCCUCCCCCCCAGCGAAGCCCCCCGCCGACCCCGCCCCCGAGGUCAAACUCCAGCAGGAAGAUCCUCCGUCGCCAGAGGUCGCGAGUGCAGAGGACGCGAAGGGUGCGAAUAGAUACGUCAGCACUCUGGUGUGGGUUCCCCGCAUGCAUCCUGAGAAGUUCUCCACCACCUUGAUUGUUUCACCCGAGGAAGCCACUUUCACCGAUGCUAUUUACAUCAAGGAUGCUUCCUGUGAUUCCCAUGGCAACAAAGAUGAAGCAAGAAAGCAAUGAAGAUUGUUUUUUAUAGACACUCAUCCAUUGAGGUUCCUGAACACCAGAUAUGUUGCCAAGAUACCAAGAGCUGCUGCACGAGGAACACCUUUAUCAUCAAGGCGAAACUGUGACCUCUUACAGCAGUCAAUUCAACGGCAAUCACAUGGCCUCCUCUGUCCACUUCACUCCUAUGGCCAUCUCAUAAAAUCUCUCUGAGGUCUCACUUUUUUUCAAUGAGCAAGAUUUAAUGAAUUUUGGAUUAUUGUGUAAAAAUGGAUAGCUGUAUUUUUUUUUUACAUUUUUCAAAGAAAGCUUCCAGAAGAGUAUUUAAUUGCUGUAAGGAAGUUAUGUCUUUGUAUUUGUUUUUCUCCUCUUCCCUUUGAAACUUGUUUUGGUGUGGUAAAUUAAUUUAGGUUCAUAAUCAUUCCAUUUAUUAAUAAUUUUCCGACUCACAAUGGAGGUAAUAUCAUGAUUUACUUUUUACCUCUACAAUUUGUAUAAUAUAUAUUUGUUUCUGUAAUUAUAUAUAUUAAAUUCUUGCUAAUAAUGAUUCACACUAAACUUGAUUAGUUGAAAUUGUCAGCUGGGCCUCAGAUAUUCUUUGGAAGCAAAAGAAUUAAUCUUGACAGGUACUUCUUCUGUACAUGGCACAAGCCUCAAGGCAACAUUAUACUGGCAAUAUUCGUAUCUACUGGCAACUAGAAAAGAAGAAUUGCUAUCAUAAUCAUCAUUCAGUUAUAAUCAUCAUUAUUAUAUAUAUAUAUAUUUUUUACUUUACUGGGCAUAUGCUAAAUGAUAAAAAUAGGAAUCCCACCUUUUGGUGAUGCUUUUUCACAGUUGUAAAUGGCCUUUUUGAUUUUCUAAGGAAUUAGUGGAAUAUUAAUCCCCAUUAUCAUUAAAGCUUAAAAAAAGAUAACAGAAUUUAUUGGAUUUGCACUUGCUAAUACUAUAUACCUAUAUUACUAGGCAGUUUUAAAAAGUUAAUGUUUGUCCAUUUCAUAUUGGUGUAUAGUUGUUGCUGGGAUGUUCAUAUCCAUAUUUUUUUGAUCAAUGCUAAAACAUUUGAAAAUUUAUAUAGGGCUCUAUAUAAACUUGCACCUCAGAGGUACUGAGAUACAAGUUAUGACUGUAUGCCAUAUUCAUCUGAGCAAGUGUCCAAAUGAAUUUUACAUUUUGUUACUUUUGAUUCUUGUGAUCACUUACAGAAUCACUAAUGCUAAAGGAAGCAUUAUGUUCUUUUUUUCUCUAAUAUACAGAACGUGUAUAUGAGCUUUACUUUUAAAUCUGCGUACAUAUAAGCUAACCUUUUUAAUAUUAAAUAUUAUUUGAGUUAAGCUGAGGUGUUUAUAUGAAAGUUGUGCUUAGGAUAUAUGUUACUAUGUUGUAUAUUUAUCAUAAAGCAUUCUUAAUUUUCAUAUACUUGGCUGAAAGCUUUAUUAGUUAUUAAACUACAAUAGUAUGUUAUCUUACCAUAUUUAAAUAAAUUAUAUGCUUCUU